GUCGUGUGAGCGCAACAUUCUGUUAUUUUUAUUUAUACUUUUCAAAUUUCCCUUGCGGUUCGAUGUUAUUUUGUUAGUCGCAGCAAACUGGUCGAUUGAAAGUACAAUUUUUUAAGAACAAGGUGACGUUAUUGUUCGUCUUGUGUUGGCCAUAUAAAAAGAAAAUAGAAACCGAAGUUGUCAUGAGUGUUCAGUGGUCGAUGGAUUAACUCGCAGUUAAUAUUUUGGACACGUAAUGUUUCCCAAUCAGAACAACGGAGCCGCUCCUGGGCAGCUUCCAGCGGCUGACGGCCAACAGAGCCUCAACUACAACGGACUGCCCGCCCAGCAGCAGCAGCAGCAACUGUCACAGUCCACGAAAAAUGUGCGGAAGAAACCCUACGUAAAGAUCACUGAGCAACCGGCGGGAAAGGCUCUGCGGUUCCGCUACGAAUGCGAGGGACGCUCGGCGGGAUCCAUUCCGGGCGUGAACUCUACGCCGGAGAACAAGACCUAUCCGACAAUCGAGAUUGUGGGUUACAAGGGACGCGCCGUGGUUGUCGUCUCCUGUGUCACCAAGGACACGCCAUAUCGUCCCCAUCCCCACAAUUUAGUUGGCAAGGAGGGCUGCAAGAAGGGCGUCUGCACACUAGAGAUUAAUAGUGAGACAAUGCGAGCAGUGUUUAGCAAUUUGGGUAUCCAGUGUGUCAAAAAGAAGGACAUUGAGGCGGCGCUGAAGGCGCGCGAGGAGAUCCGUGUGGAUCCGUUUAAGACUGGCUUUUCGCAUCGUUUCCAGCCCUCGAGCAUUGAUCUGAAUUCGGUGCGAUUGUGCUUUCAAGUAUUCAUGGAGAGUGAGCAGAAGGGUCGAUUCACCUCGCCUUUACCGCCGGUGGUUUCCGAGCCUAUCUUCGAUAAGAAGGCCAUGUCCGACCUUGUCAUAUGCCGGUUAUGCAGCUGCUCGGCCACUGUCCUUGGCAAUACCCAGAUCAUCCUGCUCUGCGAGAAGGUGGCCAAGGAGGACAUUGCCGUGAGAUUCUUUGAGGAGAAGAAUGGCCAGAGUGUUUGGGAGGCCUUUGGUGACUUUCAGCACACCGAUGUCCACAAGCAGACUGCCAUUACCUUUAAGACGCCGCGCUAUCAUACCCUGGAGAUCACAGAGCCCGCCAAGGUCUUUAUCCAACUGCGACGUCCCUCGGAUGGAGUUACCAGCGAGGCACUGCCCUUCGAGUACGUGCCGAUGGACUCAGGUAAACAUACAUUCUGGAAUCUUCAUCGGCACCUUAAGCGGAAGCCGGACGAAGAUCUCUUUCAGCAGAUCCUCAGGUUGGACGCCAGACGGGAAGUGCAGGCACCAACGAUUGAGGUUAUUGAUUUGGAUACACCGAAAUUAGAGGUCCAACGUGAGAUACCUUUGGAAAUGGACUUUAAUCAAGAGGUAUCUCAGCAAUCGGAGCCACCUCUUGUCCAAGAGCCGUCAGUGCAGCAGGAGCAAUACGCACAAGAGCAAUCAUGUCAGCAGGAACAAUAUUUACAGCAACAACAACAGGAGCAAACUUUUCAGCUGGAGGAACCGAUGCAGCAGGAUCAGGAACUACCAGAGCAGCAAUCUUUCGAUCAGGCUUUAGAUAAUUUGCCCGAUCACGCCUCUGAUCAUAUUACCGAGGACAUGGAGGCGGCGGAUGUUCAGGCAGAAGCCGAGGCCCAUCGCCUGCGAUCCGAGCAGGAAAAAGAGAUUGACACGAUAAUCGAUGAGAAGGUACGGGAACUGGAGAAACUGGAUUUGGGUCAGCAUUUGGAGCCACGUCCUUUGACGGGCAACGAUAAGAUCACCGAGUGGAUGAAGUCCAGCGAGAUUGAACAGCAAGUCCAUGAGCCCAGUCCCACUGCUGAGGCAGAUGUUUUGGACUCCGCCCUUGAAAUAUCUAAGACAGAUAAGACCCUUGACGAACUCCUUGAGACCGUGGCUGAACUGGAUGAAAUAUAUACGGACUUCAAAGUGCAGAGGGAUACGUACAAGAAUACCAUACAAAAUGAGUUGGCUGGUUUUGAGGGUCGUGCUCCGCUGCAGGUGGAGGACAGCUUCGAUGACGCUGCCACCUACACAAGCUUGCAGAUUGCCUUUAAGAAUCCCGUUCUUAUACCCAUGGAAGACAUAAUGCCUCCAACUCCCCCCAUGUCGCAAUGCGCUCCCGAAGAUGCCCAUCAGCAUUACGAUCCCGUUGAGGUGAACUCACAGGCCCGUAAGCCGGAGACUCCAUUGCGACCAGUUCCUCCAGUUCCGCCGGCAAUUCUAACAGUUCCAUUUCCACCAGAAGAGGAGAAAUUGCCGCCAUUGCCACCGAAAAGAAUUCGAAAGCAGGACAGCAAUGCCGAGAAUCGUUCAAUCGAGGCUAAUACGGUUCAGGCCAGGCCAUCUGCAGGAGAGUCUCCGCUAAACAAAAGACUCCCUCCCGCUCCAAAGAACCCGAACUUUCAUACUCUACCCAGGCAGAAGAAACCGGGAUUCUUUUCGAAACUUUUUUCGCGACGCAAGAGCAGACCAGAUCUGGUCCAGGGGCAGGAGAACAUCGAUUCCAAAGUAAAUAGCAGGGAGCCGAGUAUAGGUCAUUUUAACAUGCAGGACCCGAUGAGGGCAUCUCUGCGCUCCUCCAAGUCAGCAGCUCCGUUCAUCUCGAGUCCAGCGCCUGCAAAAUCAAGUCCUGUCAAGGCCAAGAAACCAGGAUCAAAACUGGUCAAGCCCGUGGGCAGAAGUGUGAGCAGUGUUUCCGGAAAGAGACCUACAUACCUAAAUGCUGAUGUGGUGCACAUACCACUGAAAGGUGACAGUGCCAAUAGUUUGCCUCAGCAGCAGCGAACAGAGGGCUACUCCCAAUCUAGCACCGUUUCGGUGGGAGCAGGAUUGGAUAGACGCACUGCCUCUGCCCUACAGCUGGCGGACAUACCAAUUAGCGAGGGCGGAAUGGAACUUGUUGCCAUUGCGGAUCGACAAAGUCUGCACAACUUGGUCAGCUCCAUCGAAGGUCACUUCAAUGUCCAACUGGACCCCAAUAUCGACCUAACCGAGGCCGAGCACUUUGCCCUGUACACGAGUAUUCCGCCACUUGCGGCGGCCAGUGAAUUUGAUGAGACCUCCGCCUACUAUGCUCCUGUGGAUGCUGGCGAGAUCCUAACGCCGGAUGAGGUGGCCAAGCGAUUGACUGCUGCAAAUGGCAUCUAGAUUUGUUGAUUUGAUUGUUUAUAUUCUUUAUAGGCAAACGAACCGAGGAAAAUCCUCUAACGAAACUCAGUAACGAAGCACGUCGGCUUCAAGUCAAUGGAAAUUGUAUUGUAUUUCUCGGAAUAUUGUAUUUCCAUAAACUCUGGCACCACAAAUUGUCCACUUGUUGUAAGGCCGGCUGGAGCGUAAUGUCUUCAGAACCUUUAUGAAUUUGUAUUUGUUGUAUAAUUGAAAAUUGUGCUAAAAGUAUCCUAAAAUAAUUUGUAAGUGAUACCAGGCAAAAGACCCCAGAGAAAUGGGUCAAACCCAAUAAUUUGUUUGUUGUCCAGGUGGCCCAUUUAAAAGGGGCCAACCUAACUAUUGUAUUUAAGCGAAAUCACUCAAUUUUCAGAGUAGUGUAAGAUUUUCCAAUGGAAUCGAAUAUUUUGUUUAAAUUGAAACUGAAAACUCGAUCACAUGUACCUACAACACGGUGUGUAUAUUUUGUCUUAUAGAUCCAGCGCACUUGAGGCGGAAACGUCAGAAGACUGGCGGUGAUCCCAUGCACCUGCUGCUCCAGCAGCAGCAGAAACAGCAGUUGCAGAAUGACCACCAGGAUGCCAG